AUGACGGGCGCGGGCGCAGCUUCCGAUCGCAAAGAAGGAGCCGUCGGGGGUCACGCGUCGCUGCAUCCGCCGCUGCCGGUCGCGGAGAAGGAGCCGUCGGGGUCAAGCGCGGCCGCAGCCGCCGCUGCCGGGGCAUGCGCGGAGGCGCCCGGGAGGGCAAGCAAGGGCGGCUUGGAGGUGCGGCGACGGCCUGCGGCCGCGACGACGGCGCUUCCACGCCAUGUGCAAGACCGGGAGGUGCGAGGCCAAUAG